UUGAAAAGGCAGCUAUAUCAUCGUUAAAAGAUAUUUUUAUUAAUGCUCAAAUCAAUGGAUGUCUGUAUCACUUAACGAAAAAUAUCCGAUUGAAGUUAUGCAGUUUAGGUUUAAUGACAAAUUACAAUAAUAAUGCUGAUUUUGCUCUUUCUGUUAAAAUUAUAACAGCAAUAGCUUUUGUAAAAAUUGACGAUAUUGAUAAAGUAGUAGAUGAACUAGCUGAAUAUUUACCAGACGAGUUACAAGAUCUUUUAGAUUGGUUUGAAGAUAACUAUAUUGGCCGUAAAAAUAGAUCGAAAAGUGGACGUAGACCAGCACUAUUUCCUCCGAUUUUGUGGAAUGUACAUGAUCGAGUAAUCAAUGAUCAGGAUCGUACUAAUAAUUAUGCCGAAGCCGCCAACCGAAAAUUAAAUACUGAAAUGGGUGUUAGCCAUCUAACACUGUGGUCGUUUAUUUUAAGUCUUCAUAAAAUCCAAUCUGGUCGUGAUACAUAUUAUUCUCAGUUGGAAGCGGGGAAAAGUCCACCAAAAAAAUUGAAAAAAUAUUUAGACGUCGAUAAAAGGUUA